UCUUACCUGGUUGCGGUAUGGCACUAUUUGACUUGUCAGACAUAACUCUCUAUGAUGAUGACAAGACUAAUCUCGAUAUUAUGAAAAGUCUUAUUGAAGUGAAUGGGCAGGAGGAAGCGUUUUACUUGCUCGACGUUGGAGAUGUUGUGAGAAAGCACAAGAGAUGGCUCGAGAAAAUGCCAAGAGUUGUUCCACAUUUUGCUAUCAAAUGCAACCCAGAUCCUAGAGUGGUCCGCAUAAUUACUGCUCUCAAUGGAAGCUACGAUUGUGCAUCAAAGCAAGAAAUCCAAUUAGUGAUGGAGAAUGGUGUAUCACCUGAUCGCAUCAUAUUUGCAAAUCCGAUCAAAGGAAAUUCACACAUCAGAUAUGCGAAAAAAGUUGGCGUCGAGAGAAUGACUGUUGAUACGACGGGCGAGGUUUUGAAGCUAAAAAAUCUUUACCCUGAAGCGAAAAUUGUGAUUCGCGUGGCAAUCGACGGCUUCGAGUGUGGAAUGACGUUCAGUAGAAAAUUCGGUUGUGAACCGACGAUUGAGACUGUGAAACUCAUGAGUUUCAUCCAGGAAACUGGAAUGUGUCUUUAUGGAUUCAGCUUUCACCUGGGCAGCCCUUGUUGGGAUACCAACGCUUUUGGCCGAGGAAUCGAUACUUGCAAUGACUUGAUUAAACUAGCUGAAUCCAUGGGGUUCAAUAACUGCAAAUUCAUUGAUAUCGGUGGUGGAAUUUCUGGUAUCAGGGAUGAGUCUAUCGAACAGGUAGCUGCGUCCGUCAACGCAGCCUUGGAGAAUGUCGAUCCAUCUAUCAAGAUCAUCAGCGAGCCCGGGAGAUACUACGUAGAAUCCGCAUUCACUCUGGCAGCUUAUGUGCAGGGGAAGAAAUUAGUCGAGGAAGGGGGAACUGUCAAGCGAUUCUAUUACAUCAACGAUGGAACGUACGGGGCGUUCAUCGAAGAACUUUUGGAUAUCAGGCAGCAAUUGCCGACGUCAUUGUACGAGUUGCCCAGCGAUGAAAAACACCUCUCCGUCAUUUGGGGACAGACCUGCGACCCUUAUGACUGCAUCAUAAAAGGAUCGGAAAUGCCGGAAUUCGCGGCUGGGGAUUGGAUGGUUUGGCAUAAUAUGGGCGCCUACAGCCUCUCAAAUUCAACAGUAUUCAAUGGCUAUCCUCCCGCCGUGGUGUUUCCGAUUAUGAGGAAGACUGCUCUCCAACAACUGCUAACAGAGCUGCAGAAUAUUCAAAAGAUUCAACAAAACGGUAAUAGUGAGCAUUGCAACCACAGUGAAUGUUCCCGGUGACAUGGGAAACAGAAAUAUUCUAUCAGUAGUUGUGCAAUACAUUCCUUACUUUUGGUGUCACUAUGAUGUCCAGCUUCAUUUCAGCGAAAUAGUUAUAAUAAACAUAUUGGGUAAUUUGUGCAGAA